UUGUUAGUUUGAUUUGUAAAAAAAAAAAAAACAGCAAGCAAGGCGCUUGCGCCCGGCUAAGCCUUUUCUCAUGCGUCCUCCUCCUUCUCCUCCAAAAUAGGAAUAGAAAGGAAGAACGUGGAACUCAAACUCUACUCAUAAUAGUAGGUGGAACUGGAACCUGGAGGAGCUGGAGAAUCAGCCAAUAACAAUCCAGACUCGGGGCAAACGCACUCCUUGGUUUCCUCCGAUUGGCUUAUAGGAAGAUGGGCAGGGAACGCGCCAAACCUAACGGUAGAAUUUCGGUCCCGCCAAGAAAAGCCCGCUUCGCUCUUCUACCUCGCAAUGCCGGCCGAGCUGAACGUGCAGGAGACCCCCGCGUUCCCCCAGGAAAAGCCCCUCGCCGCCUCCCGCUCUUCCCCAUGCCAAGGAGAGAUCCAGUAUCUCCAGCAGGUCGAGCAGAUCCUGCGCUUCGGACACAAAAAAGAAGAUCGGACCGGGACAGGGACGUUGUCCAUCUUCGGGAUGCAGGCGCGGUACAAUCUCCGAGAUGAUUUUCCAUUGUUAACAACUAAAAGAGUAUUCUGGAAAGGAGUACUGGAAGAACUACUUUGGUUUAUCAAGGGUUCUACGAAUGCAAAAGAGCUUUCUGCUAAGGGAGUUAAGAUUUGGGAUGCCAAUGGUUCUCGGCAAUUCUUGGACAAACAAGGAUUUUUUUCUAGAGAGGAAGGAGACCUAGGUCCUGUUUAUGGCUUCCAGUGGCGACAUUUUGGAGCUGAGUACAAAGAUAUGAAUACAGAUUAUACAGGACAAGGAGUAGACCAACUACAGCAAGUAAUUGAUACAAUCAGAAACAAUCCAGAUGACAGAAGAAUUAUAAUGUGUGCCUGGAAUCCUAAAGAUCUCUCUGCAAUGGCUUUACCUCCAUGCCAUGCUCUCUGCCAGUUUUACAUUUUAAAUGGUGAACUCUCUUGUCAGUUGUAUCAGCGUUCUGGAGACAUGGGACUGGGAGUUCCUUUCAACAUAGCUAGUUACUCACUUCUUACUACAAUGAUUGCUCAUGUUACAGGCCUGAAGCCUGGUGAAUUCAUACAUACAUUAGGGGAUGCUCAUAUAUAUUUAAACCAUAUUGAACCCUUGAAAAUACAGCUUCAGAGGCAACCGAGACCUUUUCCUAAACUCAAAAUUCUUCGCAAAGUGGAAAACAUCAAUGACUUCAGAGCAGAUGAUUUUGAGAUAGAAGACUAUCAUCCACACCCAGCCAUUAAAAUGGAAAUGGCUGUCUAA